AUGGUGUCUCUUGAGCAAAUGCGGGCAUCCAAUGUCCGGAUCAAGACGGCCCUGCCGGCCGAGCUGGUCGCCGUCUUCGCGGGCGCCACCAGCGGCAUCGGCGAGUCGUCGCUCAGGCAGUUUGUGAAGCACACGGUUAGGCCGCGCGUCUACUUCCUGGGGCGGUCAAAGGAGUCGGGGGUCCACAUCAGCACCGAGCUGCAGAAGCUGAAUCCAGAAGGGGAGUACCACUACAUCAGCGUCGACGUCAGCAGCAUCAAGGCCGUGGACAAGGUCUCGCAAGAUAUUAAGGACAAGGAACAGGUCAUCAAUCUCCUGUUUCUCUCUACCGGGACUAUGGUUAGUGGUAAAGACACCGAAGAAGGCCUGCACUACCCCAUGGCCGUGACAUACUACGCCCGCAUCCGCCUCGCACUCAACCUCCUGCCACUGCUGCGGCGGGCGACGGGGCUGCGCCGCGUCGUAAGCGUCUUCACGGCCACCAAGGAAGGGCGCAUCGACACGACGGAUUUCCAGGCCCGCCACGUUCCCGUGCUCUCGCAGCGGGGACACACGAGCUCCAUCAUGACCCUUGGUCUGGAAUUCGUCGCCAAGGAUGCCCCUGAGGUCUCCUUCAUCCACGACUUCCCCGGCGCCGUCCAAACAAACCUGGGCAAGGACGUCAAGAACCUGCAGAUGACGGUCAUGACGGCCGUGUUCAGGGUGAUUGGGCCCUUUGUGACCAUCCCGUUUGACGAGGCCGGCGAGCGCCAGCUCUUCUUCGCGACGAGCGCGCGGUUUCCGCCGCGUACGGCGGCGGAGGGAGCGGCGGCGGGAGUGCCCCUGGCGCCGGGCGUCGGGGUCGCCCGCGGCACCGACGGCAAGCCCGGCAGCGGAGUGUACUCGAUCAGCAUUGAGGGCGAAAGCGCAAAACCCAAAGUCGAGCAGCUGCUCGCUGAGUACCGUGAGAAUGGCACGCGCCAGAAGGUGUGGGAGGACACUGAGCGCGAGCUUGUGCGUGUUACCGGAACAGCGUCUGCCUGA